AUGCAAACUCAAUCCAGCAAGAAAGCGCCUAAAGUCAUUGCGAUUCGCAAAAAUAUACCUUUGUUAAUUGUUGAAGAUGCGAAAGAAGAAAUUUUUGUUGUUGACGCCGAUGGUACAUUCACUCCCCAGAAGCACAAGAAGGGAGUUGAAACCAAGGCGCCACCAUCCUUACCUGAUAAAAAGAAAAUUAAAACCGAAAAGCAAACGAACGAGAACAUCGAGGAUAAUAACGAAGUUGGUCACGACCCUCUGCUCUUUCCUGUUGAUAACAGUGAUAUACCCACGGUCACUCAAUCUGCACAAAUGCAACUGCCCAUCGAAAAGUUUGAAUUCGUGUCGGAUGCUAGAUUGAGGGAAAUCUUGAACUCUCCCUACGUAUCUGAAGAAUACAAAAGAUUUUUCCGCUCAUUCAAAAAACGACGGGUUGGCCCCAACGACUACCAUGUGGAGUAUAACUUUUCAGAGAAUAACCGUGAUUUACGCAUCGGACGUUUAUAUGCACAAUGUCGUUGCUUCCAUUUGAACAAUGACGACGGUGAAAAGGUAAACCCUAGUUCACUUCAAGGGACCCCUGCUCGUACCUUCCCUUUCCGUGCUUACCUUUGCGGACACGAGUACCAUGAUCUUGAUAUGGUUAAUGCUCAAUUCACUGUAUUAAGGGAACUAAGCAAAUCAAAUAACCUAUUCUGCCCCCACUUGGAUGAUUACGUUGAAAAUCGUGACACAUUAUUGAGUGAAUGGAAGAUGAACAAACAAGACAUGAUAGCAAUUGUUAACUGUGAAAAAAAGGCCACCAAUUUCAACAAGCAAGUCGCUGCCAUUCACUCCUUCGUAUACCAAAAACUGGUGCCGCUUCUCCAAAAACAGUUUCCUGAUAUUUGGCUGAGGACUUCACGUAAGAAGCAGAAUCGUGCUGGGUCGUUCCUUAGCCUCGUUUACCACACCGUCGAAAAUUGUAUCAUGUGGUCGAUGCACGAGUUUUUCACCGAUAUCCAAUAUUCUGUGGAUGUGUUGAUUUAUGAUGGAAUUCAGGUCAGACGCAAGCCUGGAACUGAUAGAUUGUUUGACGUCAACCUCUUGCAUGAAUGCGAACAAUAUAUCUUGGCAGAAACCGGUUACUCCAUCCGAUUGUCCGAGAAGCCCAUGGAAUUUUCUCAGAGUUUCCUCGACCAAUUCCAUCUAACUGUUCCGCCUGAAGUGAAUGAAGAACCUAUUGCCGAACAGCCGAAGAAGAGAAAGAGAGACGCCAGGGAAGAAUUGGAUAUUGAUGAGUUGCGUCGCCUUCCGCAAUGGAAAAGGUUUGAUUUUCGGCGAGUGUUGGUUCCCACCCACAAGAACACCGCUGAAUGGUUUGUGGAGAUCAAGAAAGACACUAUCUUCAAGCAUUCCAGCGGAAUCUGCUUUAUCCUUGGAAAAGACAAUAUCUGGUAUAAGCAAGAAAACAUUGCAGAUAGCGAUGUUAAUCUUCAAGUCGCCGAUACCCUUAUUGCCGACUUUCAGAGACUCAUCCAGGAUGCCGAUGAUGAUGGUCAAGAGACCAAUGUUUCAUUGCUCCAAGACCUCUUGGCAUCAUUCCGUCGCGAUAUUGAAAUGAACAACUUUUCAGUGCAAGUGGCCAAAAAUGUUGACCGUUUGCAACCGAGAAACGAUAAAUGCAUCGACCUCUUCCUUUCCAAACCAGAACUAUUUGCCUUCACAGAUGGCGUAUAUGAACUGAACACAGGUACGUUUCGAGAUAUUCGACCCGAUGAUUACAUCCUUUUCACCUGUGGUUAUCCAUAUCCGAGAAAAACCAACCCAGAGAUACGCGAACAUAUUCUCUCUUUCUAUGAAAGCAUCUUUCCCUCUCGUGACCUGGUAAACUAUCGCUUCCACAUAGUGUGUCGCUGCCUCUAUGGUAAAAUUGUGGACGAAAUCUUCAUGGUGUUGAAGGGGGGAGGUCGCAAUGGAAAAGGUACAGAAAAUACUUUGAUUGACCAGGCAUUUGGGGGAUACUAUUAUGCGGUUGACAAGAAGAAUUUAACGAUGGAAAGUGCAACCGUUGAUGCUCCCAACGCUCAGUUGUACAACUGUUUUGGCAAGAGGUACUUAUCCACUUCCGAGACUAGUCCUGGUGACUAUUUUAUAGCAGAAAUCAUUAAACGCUGGUCGUCCGGUGAUGACCGACAAACGGUCCGGUCAUUGCAUGGAAAACCCAUAUCAUUUCCCAUCACUGGUCUCCUUAAUGUUCAAACGAACGAGGACAUCAAGUUUGACAAAGUGGAGCGUGCCCUUGCAAUGCACGCUCGGGUGCAGGAAUAUCCAUUCUGCUUCGAUGAUGCUGAUGAAGAUAAUAAGGAGGAAGGAGAUGAAGAUGAAGGAGAUGAAGUCGCGGAUGACGAAACGGAGGACAGCCCAACUUCGAGAAAAAUCAUAGAUAGGUCACUUAAGCGGUUGUUCUCCUCACCCGCCUACAGGGACGAAUUCAUCUUAAUGCUUUUCGAAUAUUAUACCACUUUCUUUGGGAUACCAUCGGCGUUCGAAAUAGAAACCCCUCCUGCUGUGAUGGAAUUUACACAGAGGAACCUGAUGAACAGUCUAAGCGCCGCAAAAUGGCUGGAGAAGACGUACAUGCUGGUAGAUUACCAAACGGAUAUGAAGAACAAUCGAGUUGAAAAAAAGGAAUUGUACAAACAUUACUACAUACAAUUCUUCGGGAGCACCAAAGAACCACUUAGUGCAAAUCAAUUUCACAAGGAACUUAGUUCAGUUCUGAAGGAAAAGAAAAUCAAGGGAACUCGCUUUUACAUAGGAAUCCGAUUGCGUGAGUGA